AUGGUAUCGUCGUCGCCGCGUGCGCAGACGCGGUCGCAUGAUGUUGACCCAAAAAGGAUAAAGGCGUACUCGGAACAGCUCCGUCAACGUAAGGAAGCAGAAGAGAGGAUCGCAGCGCAGAAUGAGUUCCUCCGAAACUCCCUCAGGGGGUCGCACAAACUGCAGGCGCUGGAGUCCAACCCUCCCAACACUACCUCCUUUGUGAACGAGGCGUACGAAGAGGACGUGGAGGAACCUUCACAGUUGUAUAGUAUUGUUGAUUACCAAGAAGUAUGCGCAGCAUUAUCCAGGGUACAAAAGGCCCUGGGUUCCCUGGGCGAGUCGGGUCUAGCGGCCCGUAUCGCCGGGGCAGCCAGCACGCUCUGUCCCGGGUUAGCUACACCCCUCACCACGAGAACGGCUGUGCUGAAUGCGGUGAGGCACAAGCGGCCGGGGUUAUCGCCCCCGCAGACACAGAGAGCGCAGGAUCGGUUAAAAGAUUGUAUAGACGUACUAGGCGCGCACGCCGCAUCAGGAGGUGCGACGUCGAGUCUGGCGGCGGAACUCGUGUCGGUGCUGGGCGGGCUCGAGCUCGAGAGUCUAUUGCAAGCGCACGACAGCGCUGCGGCCCUGGUAGACCCGGCGUGCUUUGCGAGGAAUCGGAAGACUGGCAACCACAGGGGUGAGAACGACAAGUUCCAGCCCGCGGGCUCGCCCGACGACACGAGCGAUACAAUUAAAAUUAUUAAACUCGAAAAGACUAAUGAACCACUUGGUGCUACAGUAAGAAAUGAAGGAGAAGCAGUUAUAAUCGGCAGGAUAGUGAGAGGGGGAGCUGCGGAGAAGUCAGGGUUGUUACAUGAGGGAGAUGAGCUGUUGGAGGUGAACGGCGUGAGCAUGCGCGGCAAGUCGGUGCACGAGGUGUGCGGCGUGCUGGGCGCGCUGGCGGGCACGCUCACGGUGGUGGUGUGCGCGCGCGCGGCGCCGCGCCCGCCCGCGCCGCACCGCGUGCUGCACGUGCGCGCGCACUUCGACUACGACCCCGAGGACGACGUGUACAUCCCGUGCCGCGAGCUGGGUAUAAGUUUCCAAAAGGGCGACGUUUUGCACGUGAUCAGCCGCGAGGACCCGAACUGGUGGCAGGCGUUCCGCGAAGGGGAGGAGGACCAGACCCUCGCUGGACUCAUUCCUAGUCAAGCUUUUCAGCACCAACGUGAAUCAAUGAAGUUAACAUUAGCGGGAGAAGUAGCGGCGAGAGACAAGCCACGGAAAGGCGGCACCUUACUAUGUGCGAAGAAACCGCCAAGAAAGAAAAAGGGCAAAAAAGCCACCAGUGAGGCUGGAUAUCCUCUGUAUUCUACGUCUGGGGCUGAUGAAUACGAGCAAGAAGAGAUCCUCACAUACGAGGAGGUGGGUCUGUACUACCCGCGCGCGUCGCACAAGCGGCCCAUCGUGCUGAUCGGCCCGCCCAACAUCGGCCGACACGAGCUCAGGCAGAGGCUCAUGGAGGACACUGCGCGGUUCGCUGCUGCUGUACCCCACACAUCCCGACCUCGCAAAGACCACGAGGUCCCCGGGCAGGAUUAUCACUUUAUAUCGCGGACGCAGUUUGAGGCAGAUAUAUUGAAUAGAAAGUUUGUGGAACAUGGCGAAUAUGAAAAGGCGUAUUAUGGCACAUCACUAGAAGCGAUCCGCGAAGUAGUGAACUCCGGGAAGAUUUGCGUACUAAACCUACACCCGCAGUCGCUUAAGAUCCUGCGAGGGUCUGACUUGAAGCCCUACACGGUGUUCGUAGCUCCACCCAGCUUGGAGAAGUUGAGGCAGAAGAAGAUCAGGAAUGGAGAGGCUUUUAAGGAAGAAGAGCUAAAAGAGAUAAUAGCGACCGCCCGGGACAUGGAGCUCCGCUGGGGACACUUGUUCGACAUGAUCAUCAUCAACAACGAUACACAGCGUGCCUACACACAAUUACUUAACGAAAUAAACAGUCUUGAGCGCGAGCCGCAGUGGGUGCCUGCGCAUUGGCUCAAACACACCUAGCGGGACCUGCCCCUUGUGCCCCGAGUGCCCCGGGGACAUUGCCGGCUAAAAGUGCCCCGAAAAAAUGUGUGUCAAAUGGAAAAUGUGCCCCAAGAAGUGGCGAGUCAUGUGAAAAAAGUGCCCCAAGUAACUGUGCCUGAACUGCCCCUAGUUGUAUCACAUAAGAUGCAGAAAGUGCCCCAAACAACUGCGUCUCAAGUCGUUGGGCAGCUGCCCCAAGUGCCACACGUGAAUCUGCCCCAAGUAGCUCUUUCCCAUCUUCACCAAGUGCCCCAACAGAAACUAGAUCAGUCAGAUCUACGUAAGCGACUGUGGUCGAAUCAAGUGAAACAACAGCAAUUUUCCCAAGUGCCACAAAUGUCCCAUAUUCCAAAAGUAUCCCAUCUUCAGCCUCUGUUUCAAUCUCACUUGCCCCAUAUAUUCCAACCUUAUCCUUUAGGAAACCAUUCCAUUGCUUGCAAAACUGAUAGAGAUGUGGAACAAUGUGAUUAUAACAAUGAUGAUGAUGAAAAGCUUUGUGAUGAAGAAAACGCUGGUGUUUUCAGUACUGAAAUCGAAAAUGUGGAAAGUGAUGUCCGAAAUGUAACUGAUUUUGUUGGAAAUGAACUGUGUGAUUCUGUUGACAACAGAAAUAUGUUUUAUGAAGAAAGGAAACAUAAUUGUUUCAGGACUGAUGGUAUAAAGAAUAUGGAACUAUGUAAUUGUUCUUUUGAUAUCGGAAAUUACAAAAUAGUCUCUGAAGUUUUUAAUACUAAUGAGGUCGAAAAUAUUGGUUCAUCUGAUUUUGUUAGAAAUGUUGAACGGCUCGAAAACGCUGGUAUUACAAAACAUCAGAAGUUUAAAAUCAGAAAAUAUAAAU